AUUCUACCAAUCUGCAAGCAAAGGUCAUGGCAGAGUCUGGGGGGAGAUUAUUCAAGGCCAUUGUUAGAGGCUUCAGAGAUCCUCCCGAGGUGGCAACUGAUAGAGAAGAGAACGUGUUGGCACGGUCAUGCAGGUGGAGGGCUUCACACAGAUCCAAAGGAAGGGCUUAAAGAGAUAGAUGCCAGAAAGAUCAUCAGAGCGAUGUUGUCUUAUGUGUGGCCCAAAGACAGACCUGACCUGCGAGCCAGAGUUGCCAUAUCCCUGGGGUUUUUAGCAAGUGCAAAGGCCAUGAAUAUAUUGGUUCCCUUCAUGUUUAAGUAUGCAGUAGACAGCCUCAACCAGAUAUCUGGAAACAUCCUCAACCUCAGCGAUGCACCAAGUACAGUGGCAACUGUGGCAACUGCUGUUCUCAUUGGCUAUGGCAUCUCAAGAGCUGGGGCAGCGUUAUUUAAUGAAGCUAGAAAUGCAGUAUUUGGGAAAGUAGCUCAGAAUUCAAUCAGGAGGAUAGCAAAGAAUGUGUUUCUGCACCUUCAUAACCUGGAUUUGGCGUUCCAUCUAAGUAGGCAAACCGGAGCUCUGUCAAAAACCAUUGACAGAGGAACAAGAGGCAUCAGUUUUGUUCUUAGUGCUUUAGUAUUCAAUCUGGGACCUACAGUGUUUGAAGUGGCACUAGUCAGUGGAAUUCUGUAUUACAAAUGUGGUGCCGAGUUUGCUUUAGUAACUCUGGGGACACUAGGAGCCUACGCAGCAUUCACGAUAGGGAUUACACAGUGGAGGACUAAGUUUCGGAUAGAAAUGAACAAAGCAGAUAAUGACGCGGGUAAUGCUGCCAUUGACUCGCUACUGAAUUAUGAGACUGUGAAGUAUUUCAAUAAUGAAAAAUACGAAGCCCAACGGUAUGAUGAGUUCUUGAAGAGAUAUGAAAAUGCCUCCUUGAAGACUACCUCUACUUUGGCUCUCCUCAACUUUGGACAGAGUGCUAUAUUUAGCAUUGGCUUAACAGCCAUCAUGGUGCUUGCCAGCCAGGGCAUUGUUGCAGGCAGCCUUUCUGUUGGAGAUCUAGUAAUGGUGAAUGGAUUGCUGUUCCAGCUUUCUCUUCCCCUAAACUUCCUGGGAACAGUAUACAGAGAGACAAGACAAGCACUUAUAGAUAUGAAUACCUUGUUUACACUUCUCAGUGUAGAUACCAAAAUUAAAGACAAAGAGCUGGCUCCACCCCUGCACAUCACACCACAGACUGCUGCCAUCACCUUUGAUAAUGUGCAUUUUGAAUACCUUGAGGGGCAGAAAGUCCUUGCUGGCGUGUCUUUUGAAGUCCCUGCAGGAAAGAAAGUGGCCAUUGUAGGAGGUAGUGGGUCAGGGAAAAGCACAAUUGUGAGAUUAUUGUUUCGUUUCUAUGAACCUCAGAAAGGAAAUAUUUAUGUUGCUGGACAGAACAUACAAGAUGUCAGUUUGGAAAGUCUGAGAAAGGCAAUAGGAGUCGUACCUCAGGAUGCUGUUCUCUUCCAUAAUACCAUCUAUUACAAUCUGCUCUAUGGCAAUAUUGGUGCAACACCAGAAGAGGUUUAUGCAGCAGCAAAGCUGGCAGGAAUCCACGAUGCGAUUCUUCGAAUGCCAAAUGGUUACAACACUCAGGUUGGGGAACGAGGACUCAAGCUCUCAGGAGGAGAAAAGCAAAGAGUUGCAAUUGCCCGAGCAAUGUUAAAGGAGCCAUUUAUUCUUCUCUAUGAUGAAGCCACAUCAUCUUUAGAUUCAAUUACAGAAGAGAAUAUUCUCAGUGCCAUGAGGGACAUGGUGAAGCACCGAACGUCAGUUUUCAUUGCUCACAGGUUGUCCACAGUAGUUGAUGCAGAUGAAAUCAUUGUGCUGGAUCAGGGUAAAGUUGUGGAACGUGGCAGACACACAGACCUCCUUGCAAGUCCUAACAAUCUCUACCACGAAAUGUGGCACACACAGAGCAGCAAAGUACUCAAUAGCCAUAACCAUCCAAACUGGGAAGAGAGAAAUAAACCUAUGUCCAAAGAGGAGGAAAGGAAGAAACUAGAAGAAGAAAUCACCAAUAGUGUGAAAGGCUGUGGAAACUGUUCAUGCUAAGUAUGAUCCCGGAUUAAUCCUAUCUGAGAGGUUAAGGAUGCACAAGGUGACAGUGAAGCGCAGCUCUUGUUUUUAAGUCAGCGUUCAGAAACUUCCUGGGUUUUGCAGUUUUUGGGUUGUACAGUUUCUCAGAGGGACAUAAUUUCAACCAAAGGAGUUCUAUUUUUUCAUCUUUAGGAAUCUCUAAUAUUCACUGGCAUCUGCAAGAGGUGAGCUGCUUCAAAACCUUUAAACUUCUCAACUGAGAGUGUCAUUUAUGGCACGUUUUAGGCAUUGGUAAAUUCUGCUGGUAGAUGCUCGAGGUGGAUUAUUAAACUAAACAGAUUUGU